AUGGAGCAGCCGCCAGGGGUGGAGAUCGUGGCCGGCAUGGGGCAGGCGCUGGAGGAGCUGCUGCGCAGGAACAGGGAAGCCACCGGGAAGCUGCCCGACGCGAUGCUGGUGUACCGCGACGGCGUCAGCGACAGCCAGCUGGGAGCCGUGGUUGAUAAGGCAGGUCGGGCCCAUGAGGCGGGUGAGGUGGCGGUGGCGUGCGCCGCAAUCGGCGGGCCGCCUUACGCGCCGCCGCUCACGCUGCUGGUGGUGUCGAAGAGCCACGGGCUCCGCAUGAUGGCGGUCACGGGCGGCGCGGACGUGGGCGGCGAAAGGCUGCCAGAGGUCGACAACCCCCUGCCGGGCUCUGUGCUCGACCACACAGUCACAAGGCCGCUGGCCUAUAGGUACUACCUGGCAUCCCACGCCGCCAUUCAGGGAGCCUCACGCCCAGGCAAGUACCAGGUCCUAGUGGUUGACCGGGGCCUGGGCCCUGACACGCUGCAGCUCGUCACCCACUGGCUCUGCUUCACGCAUGGCGCCUGCUCAAGAUCUGUCCGCCAGCCAGUGCCUGCUCGGUACGCAGACCAGGCGGCAGCCGCGGCGGCGCUGCUGGCCAAGCGCGGCGCAUGGCCGCAGCGGCAGCAAACUGGCGGUGGUAGUGGGGGCAGCGGCCGAGCGGGGGCGGAGCAGGGGCCGCACUACCGAAUGAUCCCCCUGGCUGACACGCUGGCAGGAUCCCACUGGUACCUGUGA